AAAUCCUGGCAUCCGAUUGGUCCUGCGGCACGUGCUGCGUAAGGGUGCCUCGUCCUGGGAUCGCAUAAAUCCUGGCGAGACUCCCGAGGCCGCUCAGAAUCCCUUCGUUAGUCGAGCUGCGGUGUUGAGUAUAGUAGUAGUCGGUACCUUAUCGUCGUAAAAACUGGAGCAUAAGCUCGGUCUUGUUUCGCCGUACCUAAAUCGGCCAGAAUAAAGCUCGCGAGAUAUUUGUCUCAUGUCCUUAAAGCCAGUGCGCGGAGUUGACGUUUGGACCUGAUAAUAUAUCGUACAAAGGACACUUCGACUAGAUAAAGACCAAUAAGUAUACAAUCGUAAACAACAAAGUCGUGGAGAUAAGUGCGAGUGGUUGUCAUGGAAUUGCAAGAAAUGUUCCGAUACGGAUACCUCUUCCCACCCCAGGAAGACGUCCUCGCGACUUACCUCGAGCUUCCAAGCUACACGUACAUCAAGGAGAAGAACGGAUUGCCACCGGUGAGCACCCUCGGCGCAUUAUCGACGUCUCAGUGUCUCGCCUACGACCACAACAGCGACGGUUGGCACACACCGAGUCCAGCGGCGAGUCUGAGGUCCAUAAGCCCGGCCACGACAUCGGUAUCCUCGGAAUCGGAGACGUGCGCCUCGCAGCAGGACAAGAAGUACAAGACGUUGUUGGUUCCGGCUAAAAAUCCUACGACCAUGACGAACGAUCUGCUCGAAAGAUCCGUGACGAGAAUUGAAACGGACAAGAUGUCGUCCUCGAGGCAGAGCGUCGUGAGCACCAGCAGUGGCGGUCUUUCGGACAGGAUGGACCUCGAGGAGAGCGACGCCGAGGACAGCGACAUGGAACAAGAGUCCUGCAGCGAGCCUGCAAGGAGAGGAAAGGACGUUAGCACGACGGUUGUUCGUAAGAGAAGACUCGCGGCGAAUGCCAGGGAGCGACGCCGGAUGCAGAACCUCAACAAGGCCUUCGACAGACUUCGCACCUAUCUUCCGUCUCUCGGAAAUGACAGGCAACUCUCCAAGUACGAGACCCUGCAGAUGGCCCAAUCGUACAUAACCGCGCUCUACGACUUGCUUCAAUAGCACGAUUCGCGCGAGUUUGUUGUUGUUCUUGUUGUUGG